UCCUGAUGCUCCUGCGGAGAAUAAAAAUACUCUCCUAGCUUAGCCUGCAAGCCCAGUUAUGAAAAAAGUUAUGUUUCUGCUAUCAAGUGGAUAGAGAACGAACGAUUUUAGACAUGGGCACGAUUCCUCGGGUUUCCGUGCAUGAAUAGAAGAAAACACCCCCAUGUCCAGAGAGCCGGCACCGGUGACAAGUCAACUGCGAAGGGUUGGAGAGUUGAAGCUAACAAGUCCCGGUAGCUAGCGUUAGCAAGCAGGCCAGCUAGCUAACACCGCCUAGGCCUUAGGUGUCUUGUUUUUACCUGCAACUGUAAUAAUAUAACAUUAAACUGUGCCCAGCACCGGUGCACAGUGGUGCUAUGGAUCCGUAACUUGCCUUUACGUAUGUCAAAAGUGAGCUACUAGCUGACGUUAGCUGGUAAUGUCUCAAACGCUGCCCUCCGCCGACAUGCUUGAAACACCACCUGGGUACCCAUUUGAAGAAAUCAACUAUGAGGACAUUGAAGUUGAGGAGGUUGUGGGGAGAGGAGCCUUCGGGGUUGUAUGCAAAGCCAAAUGGAAAGGCAAAGAUGUGGCAAUCAAGACCAUCGAGAGCGAAUCGGAGAGGAAAGCCUUCAUUGUUGAGCUCCGGCAGCUUUCACGUGUGAAUCACCCCAACAUCGUGAAGUUGUAUGGUUCCUGCAAUAAUCCAGUAUGCCUAGUGAUGGAAUAUGCUGAAGGCGGGUCUUUGUAUAAUGUGCUGCAUGGUGCUGAACCCCUCCCCUAUUACACUGCUUCCCAUGCCAUGAGCUGGUGUUUUCAGUGUUCCCAAGGCGUGGCCUAUCUCCAUGGCAUGAAACCAAAGGCUCUCAUUCACAGGGACCUCAAGCCACCCAAUCUGCUUCUAGUGUUAGGUGGCACCGUGCUGAAGAUAUGUGACUUUGGAACAGCUUGCGACAUUCAGACGCACAUGACCAACAACAAAGGAAGUGCAGCCUGGAUGGCCCCAGAGGUAUUUGAAGGCAACAAUUACAGCGAGAAGUGUGAUGUGUUCAGCUGGGGGAUCAUUCUCUGGGAGGUGAUCACUCGCAGGAAGCCCUUUGACGAAAUUGGAGGACCGGCUUUUCGCAUCAUGUGGGCUGUGCACAAUGGUACAAGACCUCCUUUAAUCACAAACUUGCCCAAGCACAUUGAGAGUCUGAUGACUCGCUGUUGGUCUAAAGACCCCUCUCAGCGGCCUUCUAUGGAGGAGAUUGUGAAGAUCAUGACUCAUCUAAUGAAGUACUUCCCUGGAUCCGAUGUACCCCUGCAAUAUCCAUACCAGUAUUCAGAUGAUGGACAGAGCAACUCUGCAACUAGUACAGGUUCAUAUGUGGACUACACUGGCACCAGCACAAGCACCAGAAGUGGUGCAAACAUGGAGCGCAGCGAUUCUCAAGGGAGCAACGACACAAUCAAGAUUACUCCUCAGUUUGCACCUUACUUCAAGCCAAAGGGAGACCCGUUGAGGAGUCUGCCUCUGUCCAGAGGAGGCAGUGUUGAGAGUCUGCCUUCACGGACACAGUGCCUGGCAUCAUCUGACAGCAAAAGAAUGAGUGCUGACCUUUCAGAGCUGGAGCACAAGAUGCCAUUUGCACCUGCAGCACGCCCACAGUAUAAACGAGGCCACCGUAAAACAGCAUCAUACGGCACCAUUCUGGAUGUCCCCAAGAUCGUCAUAACAGCCACGUGUGAGUCUCAGAGACGUCGCUCCGUGCAGGAUCUGCCAGGCAUCAGCACAGAGUCCAACCAGGGGAGCAGGAACAGCAGCAGGUCUUCCAGUCCGAGUAUGAGGAUGAUGCCACCGGAUAAGACGGGCAGCAGAGGUUACUUCUCCCCUGAGGAUCCCACAGACAGCAACGGCUCAGACAAUUCCAUUCCCAUGGCGUAUCUCACCCUGGAUCACCAGCUGCAGCCCCUCGCUCCCUGUCCCAACUCCAAAGAGUCCAUGGCUGUGUUUGAGCAGCACUGCAAGAUGGCCCAGGAAUAUCUGAAGGUGCAGACCGAGAUCGCCCUGCUGAUCCAGAGAAAGAAGGAGCUGAUUGCUGAACUGGACCAAGAUGAGAAGGACCAGCAGAACACCUCUCGCCUGGUGCAGGAGCACAAGAAGCUGCUGGAGGAGAACAAGAGUCUGUCCACGUACUACCAGAAAUGCAAAAAACAGCUGGAGCUGAUACGAGUCCAGCAACAGAAGAGACAGGGCACGUCCUGAUGAGACACAUAUUGAACCACUACUGUCCCUCCCUCCCCUCCGUUGACCGCCCCCCCAUGCUCCUUCCCCCCUGCACUACAACACCCCCCGCCCUCAUGCUCUGCUCACCCACACUCACUCACACCCAGUCCAGCUUUGUAAAGAGACCUGCACUCUACUGUGUCCUGCAUGUUGCAUUUAGACCUGUCCUCCUGUCCGGCAGGAAGACGUCCACUGUACAUAUACAUUUGCACACGGUUGCAGUGAAUUCUGGGACACCGCAGGCCAAACAGUCACUGCACCCCCCCCUGCUUCUGCGCCCAGGGACUGACCGGUGGGUCAGCCGCACGCUGUCCUGGAUGUGUGAUGGCGGGCAGACGAGCGCGGGCGUGGGCGUCUCUUUGCGUUUGCUCUCAGGGCGUCUUGGGUUUGCCCAAUCAGUGUGUGUCCACUCCUCAUUGGCUCACAGCCACACCGUCCUCCACAAUGUGAAAACCAAGACAAAAGUCUUCUCGGCAAACAGUGUGAACCGUGUGCAGAUGUUUCAGAGAAAUGAGGGGGUUCGAAACCAGCUCUACAGUGUGAACAUGGAAUCCCUGUUAUGCAAAACACACUCUCUCCUCAAAUCACCGUAUUUAUCUCUCCCUUCUCUCAUCACGAGCACGAGCCCGUCCACAGGUUUACUUCCUCCAGCUGAUGUGUUCAGUUCACACAGGGAGGCACUUGAUGUCAGACGUCACAGUAAAAGGAUUCUCUCAGCGUUUGUGUGAACCUGGAAAAAAAGAGUCUCGGGCUAUGGAUUCCCUUUUUAUUUUGACUUCAGUAUUGUUUUUGCGUGUCGAUGUUUUUGUCUUUUCUAUCAGUAGUUCACUUUGUAUGAUAGCUCUUGUGUCAUGUUUUUCCGUUAGGACAUAUUUUAUCUGGGAAUGCCCCUGAAGGCAAAGUAGAUGGGCCUAUAAUUCUCUAUACAGUAUAGUUUGUUUUUAGUUCACAUGUUGCCUUAGGAGUUGCCUGCAUUUAAGUGCUUGUUUUAUGUAACAUUUAUUGGGGAUGAACGCUUGAAAAAAUCAUGAUGGACAUUGAAUGGAAGGAGGGGACUGAGAGGAAUGUACGUCUGUGAGACGAUGGUGUAAAAGCUUCACAUCCCAAAAAGUGGAAAGUGCUCAAAAAAGAAGCAUUUGAUAUCAAUUUCAAUUUCUUUGUUCUCUCAUCUCUUAAGUAUUUUUGCACAAUCGCUUCUUUUCCUCUGGUCAUGUUCAAAUUUUAUUUCUCAUUUAGAUCAAUUCUGUUUUUAGAGUUCAAGGUUUGACGAGUCUGAAUCAUGAAACUGCGUCUGUACAGAAGGAAUCUUCAGCAAUUUCCCUCGGAGCAGUUUUUGUUUUCACUACCACACAAACACACACACAGUGUUUCCUGAAUGUUUGGGAAAUGAGGUACAGUACAUGGCAAAGAACAAGGCAUUCUGAAAUAAACUGAAUGGUGAAAAGGUG